UUGUGUGAGAUGAAGAGAAGUAACCAAGGGGCUAGAUAAAGAAGUGGGAGGACCUUCUUGUGAAGAAAGAAGAGAAGAAAGAGGGCCAAAUCACAAAGUGCAGAUGAGAGGAGGGGAACAAAAUCCCUAGGCGCUGGAGGGAUCCGAUUGGGCCUGGCUACUCAUCUCUCUCCCUCGCACCUCCUUCUCCACCUCCGGCCGCCGCCACGGCCAGGCCGGCGUGGUGGUGCGCCUCUGCCACCCAUCCAUCCACGAGAAUACCCACCUCCAGCACCACACCACCAUAUCCACUCCACCAGUAGCGCCACCACCACCAGCUCGCGCGCACGACCAGUCAACCACCUGCGCCGCCAUCUCCCCGCGCCGCCUAGUACCUUCAGCACCACCAGCGCCUCCACCGCGCCUUCACCCCACGCUCGCGCGCUCGACCAGACGAGGCGUCUGGUGCCCCGCGCGAUUCUCCUCGCCUCGCUGCUUCUCUUCUUCCUCCUUCCCUUGCCUCGCUGCUUCUCCCACACCCCUGCCGCUGUUCAUCUCUCUGCUCCACCUCCUCUGCUUCCCCUAACGCUGCUGCUGCUGCUCUUCUUCUCAACCCCACGCUGCUGCUCCAUCUCUUCCACUUCCUCCACUUCCCUCCUUCUCUGAACUCGAAGCUUCUAGCUGCUGCUUCUUCCUUGGCCCCCUGCUCUGCUCCUAAUCUGAACCAUAAAUUGCUGCUACUCCCCUUCAUUCUCUAAAUUUCUGUAGACUUGAGAUCAUAUGUAAUAUUCAUAUUUGGCUAGUGCUUGAAACUUGCUAUUGGUUCAGAUUUGUAACUGUAUAAUAAUGCUAUGACAUGUUCAGUUUCAGACUGGUGAUUGUUUAGUACUGUAGUACUGUUUUUGUUCAUCGGAGAGUAUUAGAACAGUGCCCUGUAAUACCAUAUUUCGUAUUUGUGUGUGUGUGUGUGUGUGUGUGAAAUAUAUUAAUUAUGUACUGCACUUGCUACUGAUUAGUGUCCAGUUUACUGUAGACUGUUGCUCAAGUUCCUGUGAUAUAUAUCAUGUUUGACAGUUUAGUCUUCUAGUUAUUGUUGCACUGAUUUAUGUCAAGGAGAUUUGGCUAGUGUGAUGUGAGUCCAGUACAUGUGCUUUAUAAUCCUGUUUGUAACCGGUGUUCAUUUUGUAGUCCCAGUGAUAUAUCUUGUACCUUGUGCUAGCUAUGAACCUGUGAUAUAUAUGUGUGUGUUAUGUUCAUGUCCUUUUACUUCUCUUGUCAUUGAUGAUAGCUUUUGUUAGUAUCUUAAUUUCUCAAGCAUUACGAAAAUACCAAAAAGAUUGUUGAAGAUAAUUUGAACCUUCCUUGCUACUGUGUUAUUUUCUUUAUCGUCAACUUUGGUUAGUUUAGGUCUAUAUUUCCUUGCAAUCAUCAUCUAAAUUCUAUUACCUAGCUUUAGCCGAGUAUAGUUGCCGUCGCUUAGUCCCUAAGGAGAACACGACACUCGCAGUUUGGGUAUAAAAACCCCACUGUACCUACUAUCGAUCAUUUUGGCGCCGUUGCCGGGGACUAGCGUCGAGCGAUUGUGCAAAGCUAUAGACUAGGCUUAGUAUAGUUUUUGUUUAAAUUUCCAGUCAAAUUUAUUUCUGUGUUUCUUUUACCUUUUUACUUUUUGUUGCUUCGGCUUAUUUGGAUACUAACCCUCUCACCAAUGUUUGAUGUUUGUGAGCAUGUGUAGGAUAUCUUACUAUUUUUAGGCUGAUAGAUAGUUGCGCUUGUACGUAUGGCUUUAGUACGUGAUCUUUGGUUGCCAAGUAGUUUGGGCACGAUGACAGGGCCAAUUUAGCCAUCUAUUGAGGCCGAAAAUUUUGAGUUGAGGCCGGGACUUAUUGCUCUCGUCUUGCAGAAUCAGUUUAGAGGAUUACCCAAUGAAGACCCUCAUGAGCACAUUUGUAAUGUCCUGGAGUAUGCCAAUACUAUCCAGUACCAUGGCGUUUCCCAAGAUGCUAUCAAGUGUAUGCUGUUCACAUUCUCUCUCAGAGAUGCUGCUAAGGACUGGUACUAUUCUUUGCCAUCAAGAUCAUACACUUGGGGUGAUAUUUCGCAAGCUUUCCUGCACAGAUAUUUUCCACUUUACAAGCAAGCUGCAAUUCGUGACCAGAUCCUCAGUUUUGCGCAAGAUGGAAGUGAGAGCUUGUAUGCAGCUUGGGAGAGAUAUAAUUAUUUGCUUAGAAAAUGUCCUAAUCAUGGGCAAAAGGAUUGGUUAGUGCUCCAGAUAUUCUAUAGAGGGCUGACACAUGCUUUGAGAGAUCUUAUUGGUAUGUCAGCUGGUGGAACAAUCAUGAACAAGACCGUUGAGGGUGCAAUUAUUCUCAUUGAGAGCAUUGCCUUCCACCAAAUGCAAUGGGGUUAUGAAAGGCCUAGUUCAAAUCCGAAGGUUGCAAGCCAUCUGCAAUCAGAAGCUGUGUGUUCCAUAAGUGAACAGAAAUCAUCCAUGGUGCCUAAUAUUCAAAACCAGCAUGUUCCAUUCCGGGGACAACAACAUUUCAGAGCUGAAUUAGAUCCUCCAUGUAGAAAGAUUGAUCUUACUUCAAGUAUCCUUGAUGAUGAUUAUGAUAUUUUUCAAGAUGAUGUAACCAUUGUAGAUCAGAUGGAAACCACAGUAGCAGAUCCAAUACCUCAUGGUAAUGAAACUGUUCAGACUGAGUCAAAGUUGCAAGAAGAUGUUUAUGAGGAACCUACUCUGAUUGAUGCUAAGUUGAGACAACAAGAUAUGGAGAAAGUUACUUGUGUUAGUCAACUAUGUGACUGGUGGAAUUUAGUCGUGGCACCAAUUGCCCACACUUGUGUUACAACUGUAUCUGGGAUAUUUUUCAAGAAGAAAUCAUUAGCUCCACCAGUGGUUGCCUCUAUCUCAGUUAAAGAGAGUAUCUCAGAGAGGAAUAGUGAAGAUGAGAUUCCAACUCCUGCACAUACAUCUAAGCAAGUCGGAGACAUUCCAAGGAGAGAGAUACAAGAGGUUGAGUCAAAUUUAGAAGAGUUGAUACUUCAAUAUCCUGAGAAGAUCCCACGUGUUGCUGAGCUGCAUGACUGGUGGAAGUCAUCAGUGUCAUUGUUGAAACUUAGCAGUGAUGGUGAUGAGGAGAAUAUUGCUCAGAAAGACAGCGAGGUAGUGAUCUAAGCACCCCUACCAUAUCAUGUUAGUGCAUAUUGACAGAUGGAGACACUUCAGACUCAAUUAGGUGUUGCUGGUAGUAGCACCAUAGAAGAUCCAGAGGAAGAGAGAUCUCAACUUGAAGAAGAAAUACUCGAAGACGAGGAACAAGAUGAUCUAGAGCUCGAACAACCAAGUGAUCAAGUUGAAGAUUCAUCAUCUACUACUCUUGAAGAAGCAAAAGAAGUUGUUGUAGAUGAACUUGAAGAACCAGAAAUUCAUUUGCCUAUUGUCAUACAAGAGCGUGAUGUAGCAGGUUUAUCUAAUCCUCUUGAUGACAUGCGUCCCUAUGACUUAUUUGCUUCUACCUCGCAUUACAUGAUACCAUCAAUUAAGGUAGAUUUGAGAAAGUAUUUGCUUGGAUAUGAUGAUAUAUACCAUGUUCAUGGCAUUGCUCACAUUUGUUAUGAUUACACUUAUUUUCCUCCUGCUAGACCCAUGCUUAAUGAAACAUGUCAUUCUCAUGUUAGUCUGGAGCUUAAUGAUUCAUAUCAUCUUCAUGCUAGCAUUGAGCUUACUGAUUUCUACCAUUCUAAACAUGUGCUUUAUAGCUAUGCUUAUGUAAUUGGGUACUCUAUUGAUGAUUUAGAGGGCAUCUACCCUAUCACUUGUAGUUGUUGUUUGUGUGAGUCCUAUUUCAGGUUUUUGCUUGUGCACGAAUCAAUACAUGCUGACCAGGUUCGAGGUGACAUCCCUUGGGAUCCUGGUGGAGUCAGAGCAUGGCGAUGAGGAGAAGUAAGGAGCACACAUGAAGAGAGAAGCUGGAGCAGGCAUGAGGAUAGGGAAGCAAAAGGAGAGGAGUCACAAUGCACGAGGAAGCAAAGGAGAAGAGUUGCAGUUUAGAGAGUGUCGAGCGAGUGCUACUUCCUAUAAAAACCCGAAAUAUGCGCAAAGACACUAAUAAUCGUCAAGAUUCCGUCUAUGUGGCUAUCGAGAAGAGUGAAGAAGAGAAGAGAAGGAAGAAGAGACUUGUGUGAGAUGAAGAGAAGUAACCAGGGGGCUAGAUAAAGAAGUGGGAGGACCUUCUUGUGAAGAAAGAAGAGAAGAAAGAGGGCCAAAUCACAAAGUGCAGAUGAGAGGAGGGGAACAAAAUCCCUAGGCGCUGGAGGGAUCUGAUUGGGCCUGGCUACUCAUCUCUCUCCCUCGCACCUCCUUCUCCACCUCCGGCCGCCGCCACGGCCAGGCCGGCGUGGUGGUGCGCCUCUGCCACCCAUCCAUCCAUGAGCAUACCCACCUCCAGCACCACACCACCAUAUCCACUCCACCAAUAGCGCCACCACCACUAGCUCGCGCGCACGACCAGUCAACCACCUGCGCCGCCAUCUCCCCGCGCCGCCUAGUACCUUCAGCACCACCAGCGCCUCCACUGCGCCUUCACCCCACACUCGCGCGCCCGACCAGACGAGGCGUCUGGUGCCCCGCGCGAUUCUCCUUGCCUUGCUGCUUCUCUUCUUCCUCCUUCCCUUGCCUCGCUGCUUCUCCCACGCCCCUACCGCUGUUCAUCUCUCUGCUCCACCUCCUCUGCUUCCCCUAACGCUGCUGCUGUUGCUCUUCUUCUCGACCCCACGCUGCUGCUCCAUCUCUUCCACUUCCUCCACUUCCCUCCUUCUCUGAACUCGAAGCUUCUAGCUGCUGCUUCUUCCUUGGCCCCCUACUCUGCUCCUAAUCUGAACCAUAAAUUGCUGCUACUCCCCUUCAUUCUCUAAAUUUCUGUAGACUUGAGAUCAUAUGUAAUAUUCAUAUUUGGCUAGUGCUUGAAACUUGCUAUUGGUUCAGAUUUGUAACUGUAUAAUAAUGCUAUGACAUGUUCAGUUUCAGACUGGUGAUUGUUUAGUA